AACUUGCGUAUCCAUGCAGCAGCCUAUAUUCCCUUUUUUACAUUUUGCUUUUUCCUAUAUAUAUUCUUUCCUUGAUAGCCAAACCAUUUACUUUCUUAUAUUCUAUUCCCUCAAGCCUUGCCCUCUUUGUGCUUGAAAUACUAUUAAAGACAUCGAUCCGAAGUGAGUUGAGAAUUUUGAAAGGGGACAUGGAAGAACAAACAGAAAUAGUAGGAAGGGCAUUUGUAGAUCACUAUUACAAUCUUUUCGACAAUGAUCGAUCAUCGGUUGGUACUCUGUAUCAACCAAGCUCCAUGUUCUCAUUUGAGGGCCAAAAGUUGCUCGGAAGUGAAGAUAUCUCUGCUAAGCUUAAUGCCUUGCCUUUUGGACAAUGCCGCCAUGUGAUUAGCACCAUUGAUUCUCAACCUUCGUCAUUUUCUGGAGGGAUCAUAGUCUUUGUCAGUGGAAGCAUUCAACUUCUUGGAGAGGACCAUCCACUGAGGUUUAGUCAGAUGUUUCACUUGAUCCCAACUAUGGAAGGAAGCUUCUUUGUGCAGAAUGACAUAUUUCGCCUCAACUAUGGCUAGUUUAGCUAGCGUUCAUGUGGCGAAAAUGUUGAUCACGAGAAGAAAAAACAGUGUUUAUUUGAGUGGAAAUGUGGAAGAGAGAAAAUUAUUGGUGAUGUAAGUUGAUUUGAUUGUGGUGUUGCCUUAACGAAGGAAAUAGGAGCUUCACAUUAUUUGAUUUGCUAAUUGCUUUGUAAUUUUGGGCAACAGUUAUUCAAUUUGCAAUCACUAGUAGUUAGUACCAUCAAGUCCAAAUAAUUAAAAUUUAUACCUUCGUAU